AUGAUUGAAAGUGCCAAUGCCGACUCUAAAUCAGAGGACCAGCUCAACGGCUCGCUGAAAGGUUUGAGUAAAGAGGAGAUGUCAGGACAGGGAAUCCUCUUUUUCAUAGCUGGCUUUGAUACAACGCUCUCUUCACUCAUACACAUCAUCUACUAUCUGACGCAGUACCCUGAGUGGCAAGACAGGCUUUAUCAAGAGCUAACUGAGCUGCAAGACGAGAUUAGCUAUGACACGCUUAAAAAUCUCAAGGUUCUAAAUGCGAUCAUCAACGAAACGCUACGAUUGCGACCACCGUUGAUAGAGUUCCACCGAGAGGCAAAGGCGGAUUGUGAGCUGCUGGACACGGGCAUUAAGAUUCCCAAGGACACGCUGAUCAUCAUACAGCCGUACUCAAUCCACCGCAAUGCCGAAUACUUUCCCGAUCCGUUGGAGUUCAAGCCAGAGCGGUUCUUUGAGAAGGAGACCUCGCCGGAGAAUCAUUUUGCCUUUGCGCCCUUUGGUUAUGGGCAGAGACUUUGCGUCGGCAUGAGGUUCGCCCAGAAUGAGCUUCGAAUUGGACUGGCCAAGUUCAUUCUCAACUACAAGGUGGAGGCUGAAAAGGGCCUCGAGCUUGAGUACUACAACGGCUCAAUACUGAUGUCUGCCAAACGGCUGCCGGUGACCAUCUCGGAAAGACAGGCCCACUGA